AUGCUAGAAGAAGGUGGAUUUAUCAGAAAGCCAAGAACUAGACGGAAGCGUCAAGUAGACUACGGGGAAACUAGUGAUGGCGAAUCGACUCAAGUUGAUAAAGUAGAGGUUGAUGGGAACUACGAAGACGAAUAUCUGGAAAACAUCGAAGAAGAUGGCAAAGAAGAUACUCCGGUGGUGAUAGAGUCGUCGUCCAGCGACGAGAAACCAAGACUAGAAGAAAUCAUGGAAAUCAAAAGCGAACACGAGGAUUUGGACGGGAACAACAAGAACAACGACAACAACGACAACGACGACAACGACGACGACGACGAAGACCUGCCUCUGUCGAAAACGACACGCAAGCGCAAAAAUACAGACUCCGACAAACCUCCCAAGAAGAGAGCCCCCAAGACCAAAAGUGAUGGAACCAAGAAAAAGGCCAAGAAAGAGACUAAGCCCAAGAAGCCAAAAACAACACCGUAUGAGAGAAACACUGCUCGCCUGUUCGAGCACCAUCCAGAGCUCAAAACAGUUUUCACCGAUCUGGCAAACGCUCCCGCGUAUAAGGCCAAUCGGGCUCCUCAGCCUUCAGGAAUGACUAUCAAGCUCCUCCCGUUCCAGUUGGAAGGGCUUGACUGGCUCAUCAAGCAGGAAGCAAGCAUCUACCAUGGAGGUGUGUUGGCAGACGAAAUGGGUAUGGGUAAGACGAUCCAGACCAUCGCGUUGCUUAUGAACGACGUCUUCAAAAAGCCUUCUUUAGUCGUGGCUCCAACAGUCGCUCUGGUGCAAUGGCGUAACGAGAUCGAGCAGCACACUGGAGGACGUCUGAAAACCCAUAUUUUCCAUGGUGCCAACCGGACCUCCAAUGUGGGCGAGUUCAAAGACGUCGACGUACUUCUUACAACGUAUUCUGUGCUGGAGUCUGUGUUUCGCAAACAGAACUACGGUUUCAAACGGAAAAAUGGAGUCUACAAGGAACGCUCUCUUCUCCACAACAUGAACUUCUACCGAGUUAUCUUGGAUGAGGCCCAUAAUAUCAAGGAUAGACAAAGCAAUACAGCCAAAGCGGUCAAUAAUUUACUGACCGAGAAACGAUGGUGUUUGACAGGUACGCCCUUGCAAAAUAGGAUCGGAGAAAUGUACUCACUUAUUCGCUUUCUCAACAUCGAUCCAUUUUCCAAGUACUACUGCACCAAGUGCGAUUGUUCUUCAAGAGAGUGGAAAUUUAGUGAUCAUAUGCAUUGCGACAAGUGCGCUCACGUAGUGAUGCAACACACCAAUUUCUUUAACCACUUCGCGCUCAAGAACAUUCAAAAACAUGGGAUGGAAGGCCCAGGUCGCGAAUCCUUCAACAAUAUCCAGCUUCUUUUGAAAAACGUCAUGCUACGAAGAACCAAAGUCGAAAGAGCUGACGACUUGGGUCUGCCUCCCAGAAUUGUAACUGUACGGCGAGACUUCUUUAAUGAAGAAGAAAAAGAUCUGUAUCGAAGCUUGUACACGGAUAUCAAGAGAAAAUUCAACUCUUACGUGGAAGAAGGUGUUGUUCUCAAUAACUACGCCAAUAUCUUUACUUUGAUCACCAGGAUGAGACAAUUGGCAGACCACCCUGAUCUAGUUUUGAAGAGAAUGAAAAACGGCAAAGGUUACGAUGACAGUGUCAUCGUGUGUCAAUUAUGUGACGAUGAAGCAGAAGAACCAAUUGAGUCGAAAUGCCACCACCAAUUCUGUCGCCUUUGUAUCAAAGAAUAUAUCGAAUCCUUCAUGGAAAAUUCCGAAAAACUGACCUGUCCAGUUUGCCAUAUCGCCCUCAGCAUAGAUCUUUCUCAGCCUGCCUUAGAAUACACCGGUGGAAUACACACCAAACACAGUAUCGUGGACCGGCUGAACGUCAAAGGCAACUGGCGAUCGUCUACCAAGAUCGAAGCUUUAGUCGAAGAAUUGUACAACUUGCGAAGCGACCGCAGAACCAUCAAGUCCAUCGUAUUCUCGCAGUUUACCAGUAUGUUGGAUCUUGUGGAAUGGAGAUUAAAGAGAGCUGGGUUCAAAACCGUAAAGCUACAGGGUAGCAUGACUCCCACUCAGCGAGACCAAACCAUCAAAUAUUUCAUGGAGGAUAUCCACUGCGAAGUGUUUCUGGUAAGUUUGAAAGCCGGUGGUGUAGCUUUGAAUUUAUGCGAAGCUUCACAAGUGUUCAUCUUAGACCCUUGGUGGAACCCCAGUGUAGAGUGGCAGAGUGGAGAUAGAGUGCAUAGAAUUGGACAAUACAGACCUGUAAAGAUAACGAGGUUUUGCAUUGAGGACAGUAUUGAAUCAAGAAUUAUAGAAUUGCAAGAAAAGAAGGCUAAUAUGAUUCACGCCACGAUAAGUCAUGAUGACGCCGCUAUUAACAAGUUGACCCCAGGAGACUUGCAGUUCUUGUUCAAUAAUUAG